UUCAUCAUUUGCGGACGGACCUAGCGUAAACCGCUAGGGUUUUAAUCAACGGCAGCGUCUUUGACGAGCGGCCAGUGAGUUUGAACAGGUUACCAGAGUAUUUGCCUGCAGAGGUUUAUUGCAGGGGGUGGCUUAUCGCCUAGUAUUGGGUCGCUGCCAACUGAGGGUGCUUGCCGAAAUCAAUUGUGCCUGCUUUAAUUGCUGGCUGCGCGAUCCAGUUGCCGCUGUUGCGAUUCAAAGAAGGUAAGUUGGUGUAGUCAAUUUGCUGGUUGUUUACAAAUUGCUGCAAACAUGGGAGCGGUUGGUUGGAUUAGCAGGUGUUUGGGCAAUUUAGCAUCACUGUUGAGAUUUGAUUUACCUAUGCUUGGUUUGUCAAUUUUGAUUUUAUUGAUGAGUGUGAUGGAAGCGACACCGGCAGUUUUUGAUCCAGAGGGAACGGGCUUGGUGAAAGGGGCGACUCAGUGGGUGGCAAUUCGGGGUUGUUUGACGGCGGGAAAAUAUCAUCUAGCCAUGGAUAGAUUGAUGUGGUGGUAUGAAGAAUUCCCAAUGCAAGUGAUGAAGGAAGAGCAGGGAGUGUUAUUGAUUCGUCCCCCUCCUGAACCGCCGUCUUGGAGUGAUCGAGAGAGGCCACGAUUUGGUGGAAGAUGAAGAUUUCAAAAAGAGUUUGGAGUUUUAUCAAUUAUUUUAUUUUUUAUGGGUUUCUUUUUGUGUUUUGCUUAUUUACGAUGUUCUAUUUUUUUUAUUAAUUUCUCUAGUCUUAGGCCUAAAAUAAUGAGGGACAAUUCCGCUAGAUAUUAUAUUGUUAUAAGGAUCGAUAUAGCCAGUGAGUGCUGCAUACUCGUUUGGUGGUUAGCGAUUCAUAUCGCUCUUUCAAGGGUGGUCGCUUCUAUGUCUAACCGUAGAAUUGAUAGUGAUAGUUGGGUACAGAUUGUAGUUGUCAGUAUAGAUGUCUUUGAAUUUGAUGUAACGAUCCGAACCCUAAUGAUAUUAAUAUAAGUAGUUUUCCUUU